CAAGGGCGAGUCAGCCGGGCUCGGGCGGAGAGAGGAGCUGCUACGCCACAGCCCAGCGGCGGCCAUUCGCGGAAAAAGAGGCAGAGCCUGUGCCAGCUACAGCCUCCUCCGAGCCACCGCGGGCGGGCGGGACCGGCCUCUCCUCCCGCCUCGCCCCCACCCCCACCCAUCUCUAUCCCAGUGUCUCCGUCUGAGGGUUUGUCCUGUUAAUGCGGGAUGAGCGAUCAGAAGAAGGAGGAGGAGGAGGAGGCGGCGGCAGCAGCAGCGAUGGCUACAGAAGGAGGGAAAACCUCUGAGCCAGAGAAUAACAAUAAAAAAACCAAAACCUCAGGCUCCCAGGACUCUCAGCCCUCUCCUCUGGCUUUACUGGCAGCUACUUGCAGCAAAAUAGGGACUCCUGGUGAAAAUCAAGCAACUGGACAACAACAGAUUAUUAUAGAUCCAAGCCAAGGAUUGGUGCAACUUCAGAAUCAGCCACAACAGCUAGAACUGGUAACAACACAACUUGCUGGAAACGCUUGGCAACUUGUUGCCUCCACUCCUCCUGCUUCAAAAGAAAAUAACGUUUCUCAACCAGCUUCUAGUUCAUCUAGUUCUUCCAGCAGUAAUAACGGGAGUGCAUCUCCUACAAAAACUAAAUCAGGUAAUUCUUCCACCCCUGGUCAAUUUCAAGUAAUACAAGUACAAAAUCCAAGUGGUAGUGUGCAGUACCAAGUGAUUCCACAACUUCAGACAGUAGAAGGUCAGCAAAUUCAAAUCAAUCCAACUAGUAGUUCAUCUCUACAGGAUUUGCAGGGUCAAAUUCAGCUCAUUUCUGCAGGUAAUAAUCAAGCUAUACUCACAGCUGCUAACAGGACAGCUUCUGGGAAUAUUCUUGCUCAAAAUCUGGCAAAUCAGACAGUUCCAGUCCAAAUUAGACCUGGUGUUUCUAUACCACUUCAAUUGCAGACUCUUCCUGGUACUCAGGCUCAAGUUGUAACAACCCUGCCAAUUAACAUUGGAGGAGUGACUUUAGCUUUGCCUGUGAUAAACAGCGUGACUGCUGGAGGAGGGACUGGACAAGUUGGCCAACCUGCUACUACUACUGACAGUGGGACUUCCAAUGGGAAUCAGUUAGCUUCCACACCCACGACCACCACUGCUUCUACCAGUACUAUGCCGGAAUCUCCCUCCUCCUCCACUACCUGCACAACCACCGCAUCAACAUCUCUCACAAGCAGUGACACAUUAGUCAGCUCAGCAGAUACGGGCCAGUAUGCAAGCACAUCAGCCAGUAGUUCCGAACGCACCAUUGAAGAAUCUCAAACACCUGCUGCUACAGAGUCUGAAGCCCAAAGCUCCAGUCAACUUCAGUCUAAUGGAAUACAGAAUGCACAGGAUCAGUCUAAUUCUCUUCAGCAAGUGCAGAUUGUAGGCCAGCCUAUUUUACAACAGAUCCAGAUCCAACAGCCUCAGCAACAGAUCAUUCAGGCCAUUCCACCACAGUCCUUUCAACUCCAGUCAGGGCAGACUAUUCAGACCAUCCAGCAGCAGCCUUUGCAGAAUGUUCAACUUCAAGCAGUAAAUCCGACUCAGGUGCUUAUCAGGGCUCCAACUUUAACACCUUCAGGGCAAAUCAGCUGGCAAACUGUACAGGUUCAGAAUAUUCAGAGUCUUUCAAAUUUGCAAGUUCAGAAUGCUGGGUUAUCUCAACAAUUAACCAUCACCCCAGUGUCUUCAAGUGGUGGCACGACUCUUGCUCAGAUUGCUCCUGUGGCUGUUGCUGGGGCCCCAAUAACUUUGAAUACUGCCCAGCUUGCAUCAGUGCCUAACCUUCAGACAGUGAGCGUUGCCAACCUGGGUGCUGCAGGCGUUCAAGUACAGGGAGUUCCAGUUACAAUCACUAGUGUUGCAGGUCAGCAGCAAGGGCAAGAUGGAGUGAAAGUCCAGCAAGCUACUAUAGCUCCUGUAACAGUGGCAGUUGGAGGAAUUGCUAAUGCGACAAUAGGUGCUGUUAGUCCUGACCAACUCACACAAGUGCAUUUGCAGCAAGGCCAGCAGACUUCUGAUCAAGAGGUACAACCUGGCAAGAGGCUUCGAAGAGUUGCCUGUUCCUGUCCUAAUUGUAGGGAAGGAGAAGGAAGAGGCAGUAAUGAACCAGGAAAAAAGAAACAGCAUAUCUGUCACAUUGAAGGAUGUGGAAAGGUUUAUGGCAAAACAUCUCACCUACGAGCACAUCUCCGCUGGCAUACUGGAGAAAGACCUUUUAUAUGCAACUGGAUGUUUUGUGGCAAGAGAUUUACAAGGAGUGAUGAGCUUCAAAGACAUAGAAGGACCCACACAGGUGAAAAGAGAUUCGAAUGCCCAGAAUGUUCUAAAAGAUUUAUGCGGAGUGAUCACCUUUCCAAACAUGUCAAAACGCACCAGAAUAAGAAAGGAGGUGGGACAGCUCUUGCCAUUGUUACCUCGGGGGAACUGGACUCAUCGGUUACAGAGGUGCUUGGCUCCCCAAGAAUUGUCACCGUCGCAGCCAUUUCUCAAGAUUCGAACCCAGCAACUCCCAGUGUUUCAACCAACAUGGAAGAAUUUUGAAAAGCUAUUUAUAACAGAGACCUCUAGUGCUGCACUUAAGUUUACACACCUUUGAAAAUCUGGAAACGGGCUGGUUAAGUGGAUUACAGAGUAGGAAAUCAUGAUUUCAUUCUUGGCUUCUUUCAAGUAUUUCAGGGUUUUGGUUCAACACCUUAAGUGUUGAGAUUUUUAAAAAUACAAAAAGCAAACUGUUAUACUGGAAACAGAUAGAAAAGUAUUUCCUUCAUGGUAUAAAUUGUAGUUAUUUGGAAAUAUAUCACAUAACGUUUAAACGGAACCCUCCUCUCUCUUAACAUCAUGUGUUAAUGUGUUUAAAAAGACAGACCUCAGUAGUUUGCAGGCUGGACCUUAAUUGGACUUAUUUUCUUUGAAAGUACUUUGUUACAAAUUCAGUCAAUAAUAAUUUACAUAUAUUUCCUUUACUCUAUAGACAGAAAACUGUUAACUGAAGAUAAGGAUAAUACUAUAUUUCCUCAGCUUGAUUUUUGGAUAAUCAACUCAAAAUAGUUUUGGCCGUCUUUUCUAAAUAUUAGAAAUUCUUCAAACAUUAAAUUAGGUAAGUUCCAACACAAUAAUCUGAGAUGCACCUCAGAUCUUUAUUACCACUACAUUAUAGUAGUGUGUAUUCAGACAAUCAGUGAAAUCCAAUUACUUUCUCCAUUUUGGAGACAAAAGAGGAACUUAGAGCUAAAUCUUAGGUUAAAUUUUUAGAUUGAAAAUUUAGGAAAAUGGUGGGGGGAAAAAUAGUUAAAACACAUAAUAGCUUCAGAAAGAAAAAUGAAGCAACUUAACAUGCAAUGUUUUAAAGUUAGGACUGAUUAUAUUCCUAACCCUAGGUUGAACCACAUUUCAUUUUAAAUGUUUAUAUUGGAAAUAUUUGCAUAGAUUAUAAAUCGUUUUGUAGUUUCAUAUCUGUAAAUAUGAGUUAUGUUGACAAUGUGCAAAAUUCUUUAUGCUUUGACUUGGUAGCCAAAGAAAGAAUUAUCACACUUUUUCAAGGCCAGCAGAAAAUUAUAUUUUAACUAUCUUAUAAUUUUUGUUUUCCUUUACUAAAAAUUGGCCAACCCCAUUUUAUUUCUAGUCUGUUAGAAUGUUAAUUAGGAAUUUAUAUGUUUAUGCUCUAUCAGUAAAUGAAUUUUCCCUAAACAUCUAGGCGGCCUAACAAAUGUAUAAUAGAUACAAUAUUAUGAAAUAAAAAUUAUUUUUUGAAAGUCAGAAUACUUUUCAGUCAAAUAGUUACUAAAGAAAAAACAAAGAUAUAUUUCAUUUUUCAUGCAAGGAUCUUAUAGAAAAUGGUUGUAUUAGGAAAGAUGGCCAAAAGUUUCAUAUGAUAAAAAUUGGAUUAUUCUAAUAGCUUAAAUAUUAGUAAAAUCUUCAUUUCUAGUAAGUAUUUACAUAGAACCAUAAAAGGAAAUCAACCAUUUGAGAACUAAAAUUUUUACCUGUGAUUUAUUAAUAUCAUUGGUUUGGGAACUGUUUGAAAAUAGGUCCAUGUUUCCUCAUGCAUUCUUUAUUAUUUCAGGACAAGUACUACUCAUGCGAAUUCGCUUCCAAAAUUGUGAUGUUUCUUGUAUUUUUGAUGAAGGAGAAAUACUGUAAUGAUCACUGUUUACACUAUGUACACUUUAGGCCAGCCCUUUGUAGCGUUAUAUAAAACUGAAGGUCUUUUGUGCCUUCAGUUUGUAUAAAAAAGCUUUGAGAUUAAAGGAAAAAAAUUUUUACACUGUGGUUAUAAAUUUCAAGUUUCUUAAAGCUUUUGUAGACUUGUAACAAAGUCUUUAAAUUUUAGUUGAAUUUUGUAAAUUGUUUUGUAUAUUUUAUUUAAUGUACACUUAACAACUGAUGUAUCUGGCUUUAAAACAUCAGAAUUAGUUUGUUGUUUUGUUUGGUACAGAGGAAUUUGGUAGUGUUAAUUUUAAUUUUAUUACAUAGGAGCUGAAACAUCAA